AUGCAUUGGAAGACGUAUAGCUGCGGCGCGCUCUUCAAGGAGGGAACCCUGAUCGGACGCAUCAUGAACAAGACCUUCGCUGUCGGCCGCGGCAACCAGACUUCGGCCGAAGCUUCCAGCACAGACUUCCUCAAAGCCCAUCCGGAGUUUGUCGAGGUGUCGCGACACCAUUUGUCACCGGACGGCCGUCAUUUGCCGUGUGUUGUGCAGCAGAUCGGUUAG